CGGGAGCGCGUCUCUGCGAGUAGGGUGCGCGCACCCGAGAGAGAGAGAGAGAGCGCGUGUGAGCGAGGGUGGCCUGAGAGCAUGGCGAGCGCCGGCAAGGAGCACCUGUACAAGGUGCUGGUGAUCGGCGACCUGGGCGUGGGCAAGACCUCCAUCAUCCGCCGCUACGUGCACCACACCUACUCGCACAACUACCGCGCCACCAUCGGCGUGGACUUUGCGCUCAAGGUGCUGCGCUGGGGCGCCGACGACACGGUGCGCCUGCAGCUUUGGGACAUCGCCGGCCAGGAGCGCUUCGGCAACAUGACGCGGGUGUACUACCGCGAGGCGACCGGCGCGUUCAUCGUGUUCGACAUGACGCGUCCCAGCACCUUCGAGGCGGUGCUCAAGUGGAAGGCGGACCUGGACUCCAAGCUGAUGCUGGCCGACGGCCGCGGCAUCGCCACGGUGCUCCUGGCCAACAAGUGCGAGCAGGGCCACGCGCUUCCCGCUAAUGGCCCCAAGAUGAAGCAGUUCUGCCAGGAGCACGGAUUCGCCGGCUGCUUCGAGACCUCCGCCAAGGACAAUCUAAACAUCGACGAGGCGGCCAACUUCCUAGUGACACAAAUCAUGGCGAGCGAGCACGCCUUGCUGAGGAGAGCCGCGGCCACCGACACCGUCACGCCACAACUCGACCGACAUCGCCAGUCGGACGGAUGCGCGAGAUGCCUCAAGUGAACUGGAGAAGAGCCUCAAAAACUCCAUUUUGCACAUCUUUCAGUUUCAAAUCCUCUUUAUUAUUAUUUAUUUACCAUAUUUUGUUAACUGACGGAAUGGUCGUCGUCGUAUUUAUUCAGUUUGCUUUCAUUUAACAGCCCCAUUAGAAUUCAUAUUUCACACACACACAAUUUAUAUAUAUAUAUUAAAUUUUAAAAAAGAUGCUCAUGCGUUUAAAGUUUUUAACACAACAAAGAAGAGUUCAUCUUGCCCUGUAUUGGCUCCUAUUUCAAACGUGACUUGAUACCAUGCUAAUAUGCUAACAGUUAGAAUGCUCACUCAAGGCAAGAUGGCCACCUGGCCAGAGUUCAGAAAGCGCUAAAGCAGUUCGACAUGGAUUUUGCACACAAGGUCAGGUACUAUUUCUGACAAGGAAUACCAACAGACAUUUUAUUAAUCGCAUUACUGACCUUCUUCGUGCUGAAUUAUUCCGCCGUCUUGACAAGGUUGAGUGUCCAUCCUACGCAUCGGCAGCUUUGACGUAAAGACACCAGCUGAAUAGCAUUCCAAUUAAGUGGCUUACGUCACCUUGUUCUUGAAAUUCUGGCGUCCUCUUGUGGCACGUUGGUCGCAUUACAACUUUUUACGAGUGAUACGAUUCAUAUUCACACAGAAAUCUGAAAGUUUUGCGACUGUCCCUCAAGAAUACUGUUUUUUUUUACUAAAAGGAAAAAAACUAACAUUUAAAAGGUUCCACUCAAAUCUAUGUGAAUAUAAACGUAAUAUUUUUACACAUGAAAUCCAGGUGAAGAUGCUGCGUUUGAGUGUAAAUCUGUACAUAUUUAAAAGAAUUACAUUUACCAAAGAUCAAAGGUCAAAAGUAACGCCUUUACAGAAAAGAAACCAAAUGCAACAGUAAUCAAUAUAAGACAAUGGUUAUGUAUCUAUUCCUGAACCUUGGCAGGACAUUUCACGUCACUGAGUGGCGACCCAUCCCACGGUGUCUGCACCGUGUACCACUACAGCAUCAGCGACUGAUAUAACAUUGUAUCAUAAAAAAUAAGGG